GGAAGCGGAAGUUGCUAAGAGGUGGGGUUGGGAGUUGUUGAGAAAGUGUCGGCUUAUCUUCGCGCUUCUUGGAUUCACGCCGCGGCUGCCCGAGCAGACCUCGCCAUGGGCAACACGAGUAGCGAGCGCGCCGCGCUGGAGCGGCAGGGCGGCCAUAAAACACCCCGAAGGGACAGUUCGGGGGGCACCAAGGACGGGGACCGGCCCAAGAUCUUGAUGGACAGCCCCGAGGAUGCCGACCUCUUCCACUCAGAGGAAAUCAAGGCUCCCGAGAAGGAGGAGUUCCUGGCCUGGCAGCAUGACCUGGAAGUAAACGACAAAGCUCCUGCCCAGGCGCGGCCAACAGUAUUUCGAUGGACUGGCGGCGGGAAGGAAGUUUACUUAUCUGGGUCCUUCAAUAACUGGAGUAAACUUCCUCUCACAAGAAGCCACAAUAAUUUUGUAGCCAUCCUGGAUCUGCCUGAAGGAGAGCAUCAGUACAAGUUCUUUGUGGAUGGUCAGUGGACACACGACCCUUCUGAGCCAAUAGUAACCAGCCAGCUUGGCACAGUUAACAACAUCAUUCAAGUGAAGAAAACUGACUUUGAAGUAUUUGAUGCUUUAAUGGUGGAUUCCCAAAAGUGCUCCGAUGUGUCUGAGCUGUCGAGUUCCCCGCCAGGCCCCUACCACCAGGAGCCCUAUGUCUGGAAGCCAGAAGAGCGGUUCAAAGCGCCGCCCAUCCUGCCGCCGCACCUGCUCCAGGUCAUCCUGAACAAGGACACGGGGAUCUCUUGUGAUCCAGCUCUCCUCCCUGAGCCGAACCACGUCAUGCUGAACCACCUCUAUGCACUCUCCAUCAAGGAUGGAGUGAUGGUGCUCAGCGCGACCCACCGCUACAAGAAAAAGUAUGUCACCACCUUGUUGUACAAGCCAAUAUGAAGAGCUGGGAGCCGACGGUGGGCCCCAAGAACAGUUGCGCCGGAGGCUUCUUGAGUACAUGCUCUCCACCACCGGGAUUGGACUGUAAAUUUCUCAUCUCACACGCUGUAUAAGAUACUUCAUACCUGCCCUCGUCCUACUUGAAAGCUUGUUCCAGAAAUGGCUCCCAACGCGCUUGGUUUACAGUGGCCCUCUAAGCGCCCGGUGACCGAGAGCCCACGGCUCGCGUGAGUCCAGAGGAACAGACGCAGGCCUGCAGCGCCAUGGCAGCCCUCGGGGCGGGGGCGGGUCUCAAGGCAGGUUCUCUCGGCUGCGGGCUGAGAUGUCACCGAAGCCAAAAGUGAGCACUGGCCAAAUCGCUGGUGGAAUCUGCAGGCAGGGACGAGGCUGCGCAGCACUUCAGCCGCGUGCUGUUGAGGCCACUGGCUUGUCCGCGGGGCCGCUGCGCAGCUGUCCACUGGUGCAGUGCGGGUCUCUCCUGUCCUCUGAAAUCAAAGCAGUAGAUUGUCUCCCAGCCUCUGCUCCAGGGAGGUGACAUUUCUGUAGAGAUUAGAACCUGCCUAAUUUCCAGAUGAAGUUUUACAAUUACUUCUUACACUUGUGCACUAAGUACUUUUUUUAAACCAGAGGUGGCUGACUGCAGCCUUCAGGCCAUUUUUAAGUCACCUUAACUAGCAUAUGGAUCAUGUGAACUCUCUCAGCAAUAAUCUGUUCUCAGAACAGACUUGGAAACCCACCACCGAUUUCUCCACUCAGCUGAAUGAUCUGAGGACUGACCACUGUCGGCUGAAAGCUUGCCCAGUUUUCAUUCUAGUUGUUAACAAGGUGAGGCCGGUCCCACAGCUGGAGAAGUGCCCGCCCCCUGGCCAUUACGGCCUCUGCCGCCUCGCUCAGGGCCUCUGCCUCAGCCGAGCAGGGGCGGCGCCUGUGACCGCCUUUGCUUUCUCUGAACCUGACAGCAGCCUUCUAAACCUGUCGGGAAGACACCCUGGGCCAGUGCGAGCCUUCACACUCGGUUUCUAGAGAGAACCGGCGGGAGCUUAGGCCCCCAGCAGGUGGACGCUGUCCGGCACAGGGCUCCCGCUGGGAGGCCCAGAGGAACCAGCGCCUGGUUUCCAGUAUUUGUUUGGUAAACCUGAGACCUGGGUACCUUUUUUGUUACUGUUUUCACAACACUGAAUUACUAUCACUUUGAUGUAGGUUUCAAUAAAGCUUUGU